AUGAAGGACGUCACAGUAUGCCUCUGGGCCCUUGAAUAUGAUAUCAGAAGCUUAGCACUUAACUGCACGAGCUAUCUCCGCAGCGCGUUCUGGAAGGGUAAACUCCUUGCAUGGAGAUUCUGUCACGAUCCCGAAUUAACAAUAAUUAAAUUCGAGCCAAGAUCCUCCUUCGCGUAUUGUUCCUUGCUGGAGGUACCUUGCUUGAUCGCAACGCCUAAGUAUGAGCCUGCCAAGUGUGCAGAGCCAAGAGCGACUGCCAACCUGAAAAGGGCGAGGGAUGGGGCAAUUGAGACAGGCAGACAUAUUCCAGAGAAUUUGGAUAAAGAUUUUAAGAUUUGCUUGAUUUCUUCCGAUUGUGCAAGCAGGACGAUCAGACGGGAAGAGAUGGCUGGUGACAUGGGAUUUGCGACAGCGCAUCCUAGUCGACAAGUCAUCGCAACGGUGACAGAUGGUCCAUGGAAUGGAAGCCAACCAGAAAGACCAAGAUACGGUAACGAGGGUAAUUCUAUUUCCAGUCGAACUGGUACUAGAUUUACUUUUCCCGCUGCCUUGAACUUGAAAAAAGAGGAAAGUUCCAUGGGAAGAGGAUCUCCGGACAAUGAACGGGCAAACAUCAGGGAAAGUUUCCAGGCAUCCGGUGAUCGUCUAGAUUCUUCUGGCCGAGUGGCUCUUGACUAUAACGCCAUCGUCCAACCCGAGCUGAUAGGACGACUUGCAAUCGCCCAUCCAUCGGUUCGAACAAGCGUCCCCCUCUUCAUUGCGUGGCGCCUGUCGUCAAUACCACCGGGCCCGUACAAGUCAAAAGGCCUCAAUGGCCCUCCCCGAUUCUCUCUACUUGAGGCUAUCGCAUCUUCCUUACUGUCGAUCACUUUGAGCGCACUGCGGAUGGACCACCUUCUUGCAGUCACUAUCGCUUAA